AUUUGGGAAGAGGUUAUAUGAGUCAAUUGGCAAAAGAACAUAUGAGAUAUGGUGGCUGAAAAUGGCUGCUGGAAAGGCCCAUAUCAAUAUGGAGAACCAAAUAGAGGAACAUCAACAAAGUUUAUAAUAAAUAAAUAAAAAAUUCUAGUGUUAUCUGUCAAACAACAACCAUAAAACUUAAAGAUUUGGAGUUAAAGUUAGUAGUACUUCCUCCGUUUCUAAAAUAUUUAUAUUCUAGAGAAAACUUUUGUUUCAAAAAGAUACAUAUUUUAUAUUUUCAAUACAAUUUUUGUCAAUUAAUAAUGAAAAAUUGUGAAUUUCAAGAACAUUAAUUGCAUUUCUUAAAAUCUUAUUGAUUUAAAAAUAUAGGAAAUAUAAAAUUAUAAAAACUAUGUAUUUAUAGCUAAAUUUUAAUAUGUUUUAUUAAAAAAUAUGAAAAUUCUAAAACAUAGAUCUUUUAGGAACGGAUGAAGUAUUACUCUUUUUUGUCAACGAUUAGUAGUAAUACAGCUUUAUCCUAGUUAUCAUAAGGUUGAAGAAAAUAUAUAGUCAAACAUCAAUCAAUGGAUUUAAAUGUGUACCCAACUUCCAAAUAAUGAAGUUUGUUGAAUGUGUGCAUAUCUAGGUUGGAAGUUUAUGUGUGAACUAAUAUAGCAACAAUUUGAAGCCGAAUUAACAGAAGUAAAUCCAUCAUAAAUGAUAAUCACAAACAGAAUAAUAAAUUUCAUUUUUAUACAGUAUAUAGUAUAAUCAGGUUACAUUUGAGAGUACCUUAUAACAUCGACAAUAAAAUCUUCAAAAUAUAAUUCAAAGUAAAAUGAUGAGUACAUAAUAUAUAUAUUUUCUAGUUUUCUUGCAGAAGUUAUGAGACUUUGGUAGGUCGACUGAGAUAGAUAAUAAUUUAUGUAAGCAAAGAUCAGAAAAGGGUAAUUUGCAAGGCAUUCCAACAAAUCCUUACACUUCAUGCAAUUUCAUGUGCUCCCUUUUGUUAGUAUACAUAAGUGUCUAUUUUUGCAUUCUUCUAUUCAUUGAAUUCCUUUUACCAUUUCCCUCUCAGAACCGUAAACACAACCAACAAAUAAACCAAAAAGUUCCAAAUUUUUUUUUGUUUUCCAAAUAUCAUUUAUGCCAAAAAAAUGAAAUCUCCAUGCAUUCUAUUAACUUUAUCUAUAGUCAUUGCCAUUAUAGCCAUUUUAGCAUCCCAAACUCUCUUUAGCACACCUCCUAGAGUCUUUAUACACAAUCCUUUCGAUAUUUUAUAUGGUAUUAAAGCAAUAUCAUAUUCAGCUAUAACAUCCGUUUGCAGCCACCACCAUCAUCAUCACCACCGCCGCAAACCAUCUCAUAGUAAAAAGAAAAUUUCAAUAUGCGGCGAUUUUCCCAAAAAUAUACCUCCACCGGACACCGACACAACAUCCUAUCUCUGUGUGGAUAAGAACGGUUGCUGCAAUUUCACAACGGUGCAAUCAGCCGUGGACGCAAUCGGAAACUUUAGUGAGAGAAGGAACGUCAUUUGGAUAAACUCCGGCAUGUACUAUGAAAAAGUGGCGAUCCCGAAGACUAAACCAAACAUAACGUUGCAAGGACAAGGGUUCGAAACCACAUCCAUAGCGUGGAACGAUACGGCCUACUCGGCUAAUGGCACUUUUUAUUGUGCCUCGGUCCAAGUCUUUGGUUCUCAGUUCCUCGCUAAAAACAUUAGUUUCAUGAACGUGGCACCGAUACCAAAGCCGGGAGAUGUAGGCGCUCAGGCGGUGGCGAUAAGAAUAUCGGGAGAUGAGUCGGCGUUUGUAGGAUGUGGUUUCUUCUGAGCCCAAGACACUCUUCAUGACGAUAGAGGUCGUCAUUACUUCAAAGAUUGCUACAUUCAAGGCUCCAUUGAUUUCAUCUUCGGCAACGCUAAAUCUCUCUACCAGGACUGUCAGAUAAUAUCAAUGGCGAACCAAGUGAGUCCAGGGUCAAAGUCUAUCAACGGAGCCGUGACUGCAAACGGCCGUAACUCGAAGGACGAGAACAGUGGCUUCUCCUUCGUCAACUGCUCGAUAGGCGGCACCGGCCACGUGUGGCUCGGUCGUGCAUGGAGGCCCUACUCACGUGUCAUCUUUGUUUCCACUUUCAUGACCGAUGUUAUCGCGCCUGAAGGCUGGAACAACUUCAAUGAUCCAUCUAGGGAUGCGACAAUAUUUUAUGGAGAGUAUAAUUGUUCGGGUCCAGGGGCUAAUAUCUCGAAGAGGGCACAGUAUGUUCAGAAGCUUAACGAGACUCAAGUUGCUCAAUUCAUUAACAUGACUAUUAUUGAUGGAGACCAGUGGUUACAGUAUUUCGAUAUUUAAUAAAAUCAAUAAAUUAAAAAAAUGUAAUUUCAAUUAAAUAAAUCAAUGAAACACGGUUGCUUCUAACUUAUAAAUUAUAUAAUUGAGCUUGGAAUAAUGCUGUUAAAAAUGAUUUUUAACUUCUUUUAUUUUUUUUCAGUAUAUUACCGAAAUAUUUAAAGGCAUAUAUAAUCAAAUAUCUAACUAUACUAAAAGGAAAAUAUCAAGCCUUCUGAGAUAGUCCACGUCGGACUGGAAAUUUAUCCAGUAAGAAAUCAGCAUUCGGCCAUGUCACAACGAGUUGGUUCAAGUUGGGCUUCGGGUGUAUUUUGCGACCCGCUUAUUUGGGCUUAUGUUUAUUUUGGCCCACAUGUGUUGUGUUCGUGUUUCGGAGACGCAAAGACGGUGUAACCUAAGUUCCUUCUUCCCCUACCUUUCGACUUUCACCUCUUCCUUUCCCCUUCUCUGCAAAUCCGUUUAGCCUAUUAACUUCAUCACUAAUUGCUCAAAUCAAAACUUUGUUUCAACUCAUUCAAUGGCUUCUUUUCACCUUCCUUUCAAUUUUUCUAUUUAUAGAUCUCUUUUCUUAUCUUAUGUCUCCAUCGAAAUCAUUCUCUCAGAAAAACAAACUCAGACGUUCAUCCCGAUGGAACCCACCGGCAACUCCGCCGACUCCAGUGACCGCAAGACCGGCAAGAAGAUCGUCGCCUCCUCUGCUACUGUGAAACCAAAUGGGAAGUCCAUCGCUUCCUCCGCGAUUGUGAAGACUGAUGUUUCAUCUACCGUUCCGGUGAAACCAAACGUUGCUACCGCUCUCUCCUCCACGCAUGCAGACCAAGUCAUGUUAUUCCGAGAUGUUUCAUUCGGCCCACGCGAAGCGGAGUUGAGGUUUCGUCUGAUUCACUUCUGGGAGGCUCGAAAUCCACUCACGAAUGGACGUACGUUUGAGAGAGCAUUAACAAAUUUGAAUUGAUAUUAUGUAAAUAUUAUCUACUGUUUUGUAGACGAAUUGAGUAUCAUUCAUUCGUUACCUGUUUGAGAUGGCAAUGCAAUAAGAGAAUUGAUUUCCCUGUCAUUUUCUCAGGACACUAUAUGUUUAUCUUUGAUUGAUUACCUCCCAAGCUUAAAUUUUUGUGUUGCUUUUUAGGCUAUGCUCAUGGUGAUUACUUCUAACUGAUUGAGUUCUCUAUGGUUUCUCUUUUUUUUGUAUGGAAAUAAUCGACAUAUAUUAGCCUACGAUUUGAGAAACCAGCAAAAGGUGCGCUUCUCCAUUGUACUUUAUAUGCUUUCAAUAUUGUAAUAGGGUAUGUGCUGGACAAGAUAAUCUAACUUGUCUAUUAAUCUAUCUUGCAUGUUCAGUUGCUAUUCUCCUCGAUUCCGGAGAGCUUCUCGCCGUUAAACAGGUUAACUUAUUAACUCCAUUUUGGAUUUUAGAAACUGUAGUCCUUCUUUGCAGUUUGAUUUUUAUUUUAUUUUCUCUGUGGAGUUUGAUUCCUAUGAUGAGUUUUUGGUAGUCAAUGGGAUAUCCAAGCUCAUUCGUUCUACAUAUGUAGUAAAACGCAUCACCUUAUUCCGUUUGAUUUCUCCAUAAUUAUAUUUUUUUUAGAGUUUACUCUAACAGUAUUUUUGUUGUUGAAUUGACUAGAUUUUAGUUGUUCUUACGAGGUUCUGACUGCAUCCAAGAAAAAAAGUCAAGUUUUCGGAUAAACUAACAUGUUUCUUUUUUACUAUUGUGCUAUGACUUAUUUUCCAUCACAUGAUCUUAGUCGUUUCUUUAUGUACGGUGAGCUGAUUGAUUCAUGACUAUCCUACUUUGGUUCACAUGAUCUUAGUCGUACACAGGUCGCACACAAUAUACAUCGUUUACAUGACAUCUAGCUUACAUCUUCAGGUUUAGUUAACAUGCUUCCCUGAAGUACUAAGUCUGCGUGUGGUUAGAGAAAAUGUUCAUUCUCUGUGUUGUUGACUACUUCCUGCUAUUCUGAGAUAUCUAAUUUUAGGAACUGUGGAUCUAAUUUAAUAUAUACAACUUUAUUUGUCUUUGGUACAGAGCGGAGGAAGAAGCUUGGUAUAGGAAAACACUUUCUCUUAACCCUUAGUUUUCUCUGUAUCAAACUUUAAAAACAUUUUAUUAUGUGACGAAUGUCAUGAUAAAAAUCUAUGACUUUGUGUAGUGGUAUUAAUUUUUAUUCAAUUUUCUCUAUAUCUUUUGCUAUUUUCAUCUGUGGAAAGGUGGAAGCUAUAAGGUUGCAAAAUGACAUUUAACUGUUAACGUCCGACUGUGACAGACCCGCAUGCAUAAGUGUAUUCGACAACCUUGCGGAGCUCCAGUGAGGAAUUAGUAAUGUCAGGUGUGGAACAAAAGGUUACUGUAGCCACCAAUAUCAACCCUAAAUUAGUUGGAGGUAACCAUUUCUAACACUCAUCUGUUAUUUUAAGCCAUUUUUUUUUUCUAAAUGCUACACCAGGAACACAUUUCUUUUUUGACCAUGAGAGUGUAGCCAGCCAAAGUUAUCUCACAAAGUAAGGAUUAUAGCCUUUGUUACUGUGAAAAUAAUUUACAUGUCUUCAUGUUAUAAAUCAUGUACAGAGUUAGUCACCACAAGGUUGGUCUCGGUAGGAAGGUUCAUUGUCAACGUCUACGAAAUAUGGUGGUGUUAAGAAGAUCGAAACGUUAACACUGUCUUCGCUAAAUGCUUAUAUCAUAUCGCCCCACAGGUGACCACUUUCACGUAACCCAUAUGUUUGUGUGCUUCUUGACCGACAAUUACUUUCAUUUUCUUGGUGCCAUAUCCAAAGGUUUGAAACCAUCUUUUCUGCUCUUGCACUGAUGAAAUACUGAAUAUAUAUUAAAAAUAUUAAUUGGAUCGAACUGUUCUCUUUUGUUUUGAUGCAGUGUUCCUGAGAUAAAGUGCAGACGAGGAAAGAAAGCUUUCUUAUUACAUGGUAUCUCACCAGAAUCAAUCAAUUUGUUUCUACCGUGAGUAUCUCCAAAUACAGAAUGUAGUGUCUUUUAAAAAAAAAAAGAUUCAAACACAGAAAUAGUAAUCAGAUCGAUAUAGCUUUACAUCAAACAAAUUCAGGACAUAGAUCAAAAUGUUGUCUCAGUUCAGACUCAUGCAUGUUGUUUCUUUAAUCAGGUAUUGCAAUGAGGACAGCAAGAUGAUCGAUGUGUAUGAGUAUAGGGAAAAGGGAACGCUUAAGGACCAUCGGAAUGACUCGGAUAACCCUAGGUUGAGCUGGAGACAGAAGCUUGAGAUAUGCGCUAAAGGGCUUCACUAUCUCCAUACAGGUUCCGCAAGAGCCACUAUACACUUCGUUUGAAGUCUGCUUCAGGUAAAUGUUUAGGACCAACUCUUCUUCUGUAGAACAUGUUGAAGAAGCUUUACUCUUUACACAAUGUAAUCAUUUCUCUACAGGCCAUUGAAGCUCUCGACCCGAACCACAAACUGGGUACUGGAACCACAAGAAGCAAAAUCAAUCUGAAUAGAAAGACAACUUCAUAUCAUCAAACUGUUCCGUGAGUUUAACCAAAGGAAAAAUAUUCAGACAAUAUUUGAUGUAAUAAAAGCUCAAAGAGCAACUCCGAGACAACAAGAGUGAAUACCUUUUGGAUAGAUAGAGAAAGUUUCUUGCUUUCAUUUUUUGUUGUUGCAUUUAUUCAUAAUCUUUUGUUCUUUUUAUUCUCUGCAAAAUUUUCAGUAAACAAAUAACCUAAAUUUUCAGUAAAAUAUCAAGCCUUCUGAGAUAGUCCACGUCGGACUGGAAAUUCAUCCAGUAAGAAAUCAGCAUUCGGCCAUGUCACAACGAGUUGGUUCAAGUUGGGCUUCGGGUGUAUUUUGCGACCCGCUUAUUUGGGCUUAUGUUUAUUUUGGCCCACAUGUGUUGUGUUCGUGUUUCGGAGACGCAAAGACGGUGUAACCUAAGUUCCUUCUUCCCCUACCUUUCGACUUUCACCUCUUCCUUUCCCCUUCUCUGCAAAUCCGUUUAGCCUAUUAACUUCAUCACUAAUUGCUCUAAUCAAAACUUUGUUUCAACUCAUUCAUUGGCUUCUUUUCACCUUCCUUUCAAUUUUUCUAUUUAUAGAUCUCUUUUCUUAUCUUAUGUCUCCAUCGAAAUCAUUCUCUCAGAAAAACAAACUCAGACGUUCAUCCCGAUGGAACCCACCGGCAACUCCGCCGACUCCAGUGACCGCAAGACCGGCAAGAAGAUCAUCGCCUCCUCUGCUACUGUGAAACCAAAUGGGAAGUCCAUCGCUUCCUCCGCGAUUGUGAAGACUGAUGUUUCAUCUACCGUUCCGGUGAAACCAAACGUUGCUACCGCUCUCUCCUCCACGCAUGCAGACCAAGUCAUGUUAUUCCGAGAUGUUUCAUUCGGCCCACGCGAAGCGGAGUUGAGGUUUCGUCUGAUUCACUUCUGGGAGGCUCGAAAUCCACUCACGAAUGGACGUACGUUUGAGAGAGCAUUAACAAAUUUGAAUUGAUAUUAUGUAAAUAUUAUCUACUGUUUUGUAGACGAAUUGAGUAUCAUUCAUUCGUUACCUGUUUGAGAUGGCAAUGCAAUAAGAGAAUUGAUUUCCCUGUCAUUUUCUCAGGACACUAUAUGUUUAUCUUUGAUUGAUUACCUCCCAAGCUUAAAUUUUUGUGUUGCUUUUUAAGCUAUGCUCAUGGUGAUUACUUCUAACUGAUUGAGUUCUCUAUGGUUUCUCUUUUUUUUGUAUGGAAAUAAUCGACAUAUAUUAGCCUACGAUUUGAGAAACCAGCAAAAGGUGCGCUUCUCCAUUGUACUUUAUAUGCUUUCAAUAUUGUAAUAGGGUAUGUGCUGGACAAGAUAAUCUAAUUUGUCUAUUAAUCUAUCUUGCAUGUUCAGUUGCUAUUCUCUUCGAUUCCGGAGAGCUUCUCGCCGUUAAACAGGUUAACUUAUUAACUCCAUUUUGGAUUUUAGAAACUGUAGUCCUUCUUUGCAGUUUGAUUUUUAUUUUAUUUUCUCUGUGGAGUUUGAUUCCUAUGAUGAGUUUUUGGUAGUCAAUGGGAUAUCCAAGCUCAUUCGUUCUACAUAUGUAGUAAAACACAUCACCUUAUUCUGUUUGAUUUCUCCAUAAUUAUAUUUUUUUAGAGUUUACUCUAACAGUAUUUUUGUUGUUGAAUUGACUAGAUUUUAGUUGUUCUUACGAGGUUCUGACUGCAUCCAAGAAAAAAAGUCAAGUUUUCGGAUAAACUAACAUGUUUCUUUUUUACUAUUGUGCUAUGACUUAUUUUCCAUCACAUGAUCUUAGUCGUUUCUUUAUGUACGGUGAGCUGAUUGAUUCAUGACUAUCCUACUUUGGUUCACAUGAUCUUAGUCGUACACAGGUCGCACACAAUAUACAUCGUUUACAUGACAUCUAGCUUACAUCUUCAGGUUUAGUUAACAUGCUUCCCUGAAGUACUAAGUCUGCGUGUGGUUAGAGAAAAUGUUCAUUCUCUGUGUUGUUGACUACUUCCUGCUAUUCUGAGAUAUCUAAUUUUAGGAACUGUGGAUCUAAUUUAAUAUAUACAACUUUAUUUGUCUUUGGUACAGAGCGGAGGAAGAAGCUUGGUAUAGGAAAACCCUUUCUCUUAACCCUUAGUUUUCUCUGUAUCAAACUUUAAAAACAUUUUAUUAUGUGACGAAUGUCAUGAUAAAAAUCUAUGACUUUGUGUAGUGGUAUUAAUUUUUAUUCAAUUUUCUCUAUAUCUUUUGCUAUUUUCAUCUGUGGAAAGGUGGAAGCUAUAAGGUUGCAAAAUGACAUUUAACUGUUAACGUCCGACUGUGACAGACCCGCAUGCAUAAGUGUAUUCGACAACCUUGCGGAGCUCCAGUGAGGAAUUAGUAAUGUCAGGUGUGGAACAAAAGGUUGCUGUAGGCACCAAUAUCAACCCUAAAUUAGUUGGAGGUAACCAUUUCUAACACUCAUCUGUUAUUUUAAGCCAUUUUUUUUUUCUAAAUGCUACACCAGGAACACUUUUCUUUUUUGACCAUGAGAGUGUAGCCAGCCAAAGUUAUCUCACAAAGUAAGGAUUAUAGCCUUUGUUACUGUGAAUACAUGUCGUCAUGUUAUAAAUCAUGUACAUAGUUAGUCACCACAAGGUUGGUCUCGGUAGGAAGGUUCAUUGUCAACGUCUACGAAAUAUGGUGGUGUUAAGAAGAUCGAAACGUUAACACUGUCUUAGCUAAAUGCUUAUAUCAUAUCGCCCCACAGGUGACCACUUUCACGUAACCCAUAUGUUUGUGUGUUUCUUGACCGACAAUUACUUUCAUUUUCUUGGUGCCAUAUCCAAAGGUUUGAAACCAACUUUUCUGCUCUUGCACUGAUGAAAUACUGAAUAUAUAUUAAAAAUAUUAAUUGGAUCGAACUGUUCUCUUUUGUUUUGAUGCAGUGUUCCUGAGAUAAAGUGCAGACGAGGAAAGAAAGCUUUCUUAUUACAUGGUAUCUCACCAGAAUCAAUCAAUUUGUUUCUACUGUGAGUAUCUCCAAAUACAGAAUGUAAUGUCUUUUAAAAAAAAAGAUUCAAACACAGAAAUAGUAAUCAGAUCGAUAUAGCUUUACAUCAAACAAAUUCAGGACAUAGAUCAAAAUGUUGUCUCAGUUCAGACUCAUGCAUGUUGUUUCUUUAAUCAGGUAUUGCAAUGAGGACAGCAAGAUGAUCGAUGUGUAUGAGUAUAGGGAAAAGGGAACGCUUAAGGACCAUCGGAAUGACUCGGAUAACCCUAGGUUGAGCUGGAGACAGAAGCUUGAGAUAUGCGCUAAAGGGCUUCACUAUCUCCAUACAGGUUCCGCAAGAGCCACUAUACACUUCGUUUGAAGUCUGCUUCAGGUAAAUGUUUAGGACCAACUCUUCUUCUGUAGAACAUGUUGAAGAAGCUUUACUCUUUACACAAUGUAAUCAUUUCUCUACAGGCCAUUGAAGCUCUCGACCCGAACCACAAACUGGGUACUGGAACCACAAGAAGCAAAAUCAAUCUGAAUAGAAAGACAACUUCAUAUCAUCAAACUGUUCCGUGAGUUUAACCAAAGGAAAAAUAUUCAGACAAUAUUUGAUGUAAUAAAAGCUCAAAGAGCAACUCCGAGACAACAAGAGUGAAUACCUUUUGGAUAGAUAGAGAAAGUUUCUUGCUUUCAUUUUUUGUUGUUGCAUUUAUUCAUAAUCUUUUGUUCUUUUUAUUCUCUGCAAAAUUUUCAGUAAACAAAUAACCUACCUUAGCGUUAUAAACCUAUAACUAGGAACAAUAAAUGUUUGAUUCUUUCACUAAUGCUGUGUUUUGAAAAACUGAGAUACAAGUUUAUUAUGUAACAACUUCCUUGGUUAGGGUUGUGUGGGGACCAUAUUAUCUCAUUUGUCGUGCUCUUGGCUGGAGGUUGGGAUAAUGCUUCUUUCUUGGUAAUGCAGUUGCUGGAGCUAAAUACCCUAGACUCGGGGGAACACACAGUCCAAGUGUUGUUGGAGGAAAAUUAAAAAAAAAAACCUCAGUGUCUAUCCGAUUCAGCUGGAGCACAUAUAUCUAAAAAACAUGGCAAGACUCAAACUCCCAAGAAGUUGCAACCUCCAAAACAUAAAUCAUCUAUGCAAGAAUUGUUACUACUUCUUAAGAAUUUAGAGAUUUAUCGAUUACAUUGCUAAUAGAUCCAAAUAAAAUAUGUCAUUGUUUCCUUUGCUUUUUAAAGACAAACCAGAUUUUACAUUUCUUAUCAUGAAUAAAGAAAUCUUUAAUUUAUAUAUUUCUUUACUUUUAAAAUAAAUUAUUACACCCACCUGUAUUGGCUCCUAAAAUUAAAAUAAUAAAUAAAAUCCUUAAUACAUACGUAAACCAAAAAACUGCAUCUAACCCAUAAGUAAAAAAAUUAUCUUAUUCACUCAUUGGGAGUCAGAAACGCAAACAUGACAUCAUGAGAUCUACUAACAUAUACUCAUAAAAUCAAUUAUUAGUUCAAGACCCUCAAAUCUAAAUUGGCAAGAACUAAUAAUUCAGAUUUAAUUGGACUAACAGAUGAAAAUGAAACUAAUAAAAUUCAAAAGAGAAAUCAACAUCUGAACCCGGCGCGUAGCGCCGGAAUACCCCUAGUUUAAUUAACAGUACAUUAAUAUAGUUAGUGGAAACUGAAAAAUGUGCGAUAUCGGACCAACCGGUUCAGUUCAAUUUCAAAAAUAUUCUUCAAACUCUAUUUCAAGUUUCAGUGUGUUUGUUCGGGUUUUAUGGAGUCAUGCUCGUAGAAUCUCGCGGUAAUCUCUUCGAAUUAUAGAAUAGCUUAUGUUUAUUAUUGUGAACUGAAUUUUGCUGUAGGUGUAGAUUCGUUUCAUGUAUUCAUUAUACUGUGUGCAUUACUAUGGUAUUGGCUUAAUAGGUUUCCAAACGCUUACCUUCUUGUGGGAUGAUGCAAUGACGACACUUCUCACAAGUACAAGGGAGACUGUCAUCAAACAUACGAAAUAUGUUAAUCAAAAGAAUGCUAAGGACACAACUUAUAAUAUUGGGAGUAAGUAAGAUCGAUGUUAAGGAAUCAAACAUUUUAUUACCUCGGAUAUAUAAAUAGGAACAAGUGCUGUGUUCACGCCAAUACCAAGACCAACAAGGAAUCUGCCAAAUAAGAUCCCAUUCAAGGAGUGAGCUUGUGCACUGAAGAAAAAAAAAAGACAGCCUUUUUAUUCUGAUUCAUCCAAAAAAUGAUGUUCGCAUACAACUUAAAACAUCAAGGAUAUGUUACCAACAUCGCUAAAUCAAGAUUUACCUCAGAAACAAAAUAUUACCUCACAAGAGCAACAGGAAAAGAGACUUAGAAAAAAAAAAAAAAAAAAAAAAAAGAGACUUAGAGUUAAUAUGAGGUUGAAGAAACUUUAGGAGAAGGUUAAAGAACAACAAGAGAAAGAUAGGGGGAAAGGUUUGUAUUUUCUCACCUUUCUUUGUUAGAUUAAUAUCAUGAGUCUGUUUUUUUUUUUUUUAUUCUUACGUACUGUGUGUGAGUUUGCUGUGAUUCUUGUGUUUGAAUAUGGCAUACUAAAUGUAAUAAUCUCCAAUCACUCGUUCUUGCUGGCUAUCUCGUUUUGUUUAGAGUCAGUUCUAAGUGCUGAUGUGGUUUACUAAGCAAUCUUCCAGAUCCAAACUUUUAAAACGUUUCGUAAUGAGUGGGUGGAGAAUGCAGAUCGUUGGGUAGCUAGAUUCCUUGAAAUGUUUAAAGAAGGCUGCCAUAAAAUGGUGAGUUUAAAACUUUGUAGAAACUUAAGAAAACUGGUUGCAAAAAAAAAAAAAAAAAAACUUAAAAAAACCUAACUUAAUCCACUAUUUUAUCUUUUCCGCGAUUCACGACUAAUCUGCCAUAAAAUAACUUGUAUAGGUAUUAGGGAACUGCCAUCAGAGACCGAAGCCAAGAGAAGUUAAUGCAAAAAGAGUCUAGAGAACUGCUCGAACAGGAUCAAUGUGACAACCUGUUUCGUGGACCACAGGUUCACAGCUCUGCAGAACACCGACCCUAAUCUCUAAUAUCUAAUGAUUUUGAUGAAUUUUAGAUUCAUAAUUUAGUUCAUUGUGAUCAUUCUAGAUUGCAUUUAAGUGUAUAUAUUGCAUACAUUUGUCCAUUUGAAUAUUCUAGGGUUUGGAUUGCACAAAUGGAAGUUUGGAGCCAAAAUGUGAGGUCAUUCUUGUGUAUUCAAGACUUUCUUGCUGAUUUGGAAACAAUCAAAAGGCGAGGGACUGAUUGAGAAAUUAUGAAAAGGGCUGGUCUGUGCAAUUAAAAUGUUUGGGGCUGAAUCAAAAAGAUAUUUCUGCAAUUUACAAAGUCGUGGGGCGUUUUGUCAGGAACUAGAAGUUUAGGGACCUACUCUGUAAUACUCUAUGAAAUCACCAUGGGAGAUCUUCUCCAGCUCGAUCCCGACGGCGACGACGAGCAGCACGACGGAGAUGAACUGAUGAAUCGUGUGACGGGACAGACUCACGAAGAAAGCGAAGCUUGGCUGAGGACGACGGUUACGGAUGAGGAACAGAGCACGGUGGCGUGACUUGGUACCACGAACUAAGCUACGCUGAGACCAAGUGAAGCCGCAGUACACAGAGAGAGCGUGAUCAUCCAAGCUCAAUCGAAGUCUUCAAGUGUUCGUGGCAUCGAGGUGUGUAGGUCGCUGUAAACCGGACGCGUCUUAGAGCGAGGUCACGUUGCGAGAUAGUGCUCUCGCCCUACCAUGAGCAUGAGUUGGAGCGGGCUUCUCUUGCGACAUCACCGACCCGCUCGCAUCCUCCAACGGGCAUCAACUUCGAAGCUAAGUAGUGGAGCGGUCGUGUGCAGCGGUCUGAGGAGGUUGUUGUGCCUCACACGGUCCAUGGAGCGGGAUGACGAAGCCGCUCCCACACUCUGAUUGGUCGAGUUUUACUUAUUUUAUGGGCCUUUUCAGAUUUGUGAACUGGGCCCACUCGUUUUUGAAAUUUUAUAAAUACUUUUUAGACAUAAUUUUGAAAUUUAUCUUUUUUUUUUCUCCCUCAAAAUACAUUGAUACUUUGGAGAAAGUUUGAAUCUUUAGUAAUUUGAGUUUAUCUUAUCUUCUUAACAUGAUUUCUCUUGAAUCUAUUAUGGAUUUAAGGUUAAUCAUGAAGAUUAGUGAGUGGACUCUUUUUGGUUUCAUGGGGUAGGAUGAUUAGGAUGAUUAAGUGAAGAUCUAGAGUUUAGGGUCAGACUAAUAUGUUUUCUUACUUGCUGAGUAUUCUUAAUGCUAGUCUAGAGUUGACCUCUUUAGAUUAGAACUUUAGACAUUUCAUUGCUCCGGAAAGUGUUCGAUGAAAUGUCUGAGCCAACUCAACUUGCUCUUAGCUUGCCGUACCAAAGACAUUUGAUAUUAGGAAAGUUUAGAUAGUUAUAUGACAUUUUCUUGAUGAUUGCUUGAUUGACACAAACCAAAUGCAUUUGAUGUUUGAUCAAUCAGAGUAAAUGAACAUUUAUCUUGACAAAGAACUUGUUUAGGAUUGUUGUCUAGACUUAAGGAAAUAUAUUGAUUGAUACCUUACCAUUUUAGAUUGGAUCUUAGUCAUUUGAAAUCAAAUUCCUAGACCCAUGAUUCCUCCUUUAUCCCAUUGCUUGAAAGUUUGUUAAUUUGUUAUUUUAGAGUCUUGCUAGUUAAACCUUAUCACUUCAUUACACUGAGUGCACUUAGAUUAAGUAUGAACAUGUAUUCUCUUUACAUUGAAACCACUUAGAAUUGGAUUGACUCUUAAAUACUAUAUUGAUUUGACUUAACAUAGAAAUAUCUUUAUCAACCCCUCACAUGUGAGCCUUCACUGACUCCUCCUAGGUUAUUGAGGCGUUUGGCGUUGCUCGAACCCAAGACCUCACCUUUUAACAACUCUUCCACGUGAUAAGCUGUUCCACUAGUUGUUAAAGAGUACUAUCACGAGAUUGAAGAGCAACAUAAUGCCGUAUAAAAGGUGCAACAACGAUCAAAAAGUAACUAGAGGAACAAAUUUUAGGUUAUUACUGAAUAGGUUAGUGCAUAGUGGUUACUGGUUACUACUAGUACUCGUCCUUUUUAUGCCUUUAGCAGUCAAAUGCUUCUAUGUUUCAAAUGGUUCGUGUGUGGUUUGUGACUCUCUGGUCAAUACGUCAUACUAGUUUGUUCAUGACUAUUUUGUUCAUGACUAUUUUGUUAUCUCCUUCGUAGCUCGCGCAAUUGAAAAUUCAAAUGCAGUAUUCGUUUUGCAUCUUUUGUUUUUCUCUUGUCUCACUCAAUGUAUGUGAUCAACCGAUCUACACCAAUGUCUAUGUGCAUAAAUAAGCACUUAUUGUAAUUUUGACUCUUUUGGCAUUUUUUUUUUUAAAAUCCAAGAUUCUUGAAUUUCUUGGUCGUAUAUGUGAACUUGUCAUGUGCAUUUGCUACCUGGUGUUAUUAUUGUCCUUUAGAUAUAGAUAUUUUGAACAAAAGUCGUUAAAACCCAACUUCAAAACUUUGAAACUAAACCAGAAUAAAGCAAGGUUUUAAUGAAGGACUAUUGACUAUAUCACAAAGGAAAAGUCAAAUUGAUUCUUUGUGCGGCCCAUACAAUAAUUUCCUACCGCUUUCUUUACAGACGGUUGGUUGGGCGUUCAUAUACGCAAUUCUUCUGGUCUAGCAUAGAUUCGAGUUUGAAUGGUUGAGCAUUAUGACAUUAAGUCUCCGUAAUACUCAUUCUGUGUGUUCAUAAGAUAUUAGUAUCCCAGAUAGGCGUUUAAAAUGGAUCAAAUGCAUGCAAUUGCAAGUAUUACAAUUAGACAUUUGUGUAAGUCAAAGUAUAUAUUGCAUAUAUCUUCAAAUUACGAGGGGAUUUUUACAUGACCAGUCUUAUCUUCACUGAUCUUUGUGUAUACAAAACUUUGGAUAUAAAUUCAUUAAUUGUGUUGUCAUAUUCAACAUAAGUCCCAACCGCUCAACACUACAAAAUAAAUAAUGGUCACGUCAGAGACUAGGUAGAGGGUCGUCUUCCUACAGUUGAUUAUUGUGAUUUAACCCUCUAAGACAACGUAACGUCGGUGUUAGAGGAAGUAUUUUGUAAUGUGAAACGAAGCAGUGUACCGAAGAAUCAAAGUCAUUUUGUUUUUUCUUCAAGAAUCAAUCUCAUUCGGAGUGGUGUGUGGACCAUUUCACAACUCGAAAUUUUAAUUAAUAAAAGGUUUUUGUUCUCUUCAUACUUCAGUAUUGCUUUAUAAAUGAAUACAAAAAAGUUUCAAGAAAAUCGUUUGCUUGUAUAUCUAUAUAUAUUUACAUUUCAAAGAGUUGAACAAUAAAUUAUCUUGUUGUGUCGUUGGCCAGAAAAAUAGUCAUCUUGGCAUGUAUGUAUGUCAAAAGAAAUUUAAAAAAAAAAACUGAGUCAAAAUAAAUAAUUAAUUUGACACUGAAAUAAAAAUG